CGAACACCUCGGCAGCCUGUUUCAUGGUGAAAUCAACGUCAUCAAUGGCUUGCUUAUCUUUUUCUCUCCACUUGGUUUGGUAUGCUGACAAACACUCCCCUCAUUGACCUCCGGCCCAAUACUUCACACUGGUCAAUCCCGAUAACAAGGAACCAUGCAUUGUUAUCAUUGGCACUUCGGAAUCAUGAGUGAAACGUUGCUUCUGCCAGUGCGUUUUAAAAUUUUGGCUAAAUAAAACGUGUCAGAUCAUUCUUCUUGCGCCUUACGUCCUUAUCUCAUACCGGAGUCCUUAUCCCAUCUUUCAUUAAAACUACGGCUGACAAACGCGGUCUGAACAUAUAUAAAUCUCAGCUCUAAAUAGUACCUUAGCGUGACCUAACUGUUCAUGUCCUUGUGCCGAUAAUGGCCAGUCGAAUACACCCCAUCGAUGCGGAUAUCGGACAAUUGCGAAGUAGGCCCGCCGCUCCUGGCCAGAACCAUCCGCUAAACACCGGUGAGGAUGGAUCCAAACAUCCCGUGGAAUUGCACAUCCAGGAGCAGACGCCCCUACUUCAGCAAACAUAUGAAAAUAGAGACUAUGAGAACCUACAUUCCCCCGACCCAAGUUUGGCGGCGUUGAACGCUGGUGUCUGGCAGUCUCGUACAAAAGCAAGCAUACUUUGGUUACUCCCAUUCCUUCUCCUGUAUAUGCUCGGUUUCGGGGGUGUCGCGGUUCCUAAGAUAAAUUUGAUGCUUUCGCUUACCUGCAGAGACUACUUGGCCAAAAGAGCUAGUACUGAUCCUGGAUUUACGUACUUCCCUGUUAUUAUUGGACAGGACAACUCCCAGUGCCAAAUACCAGAAGUUCAAUCCCUUGUUGCUCGCUUCCAGCUAUAUUUUAACCUGGUGACUGGGUUACUGUCGGCGCUGAUAAGCCCUCAGCUAGGCCAUCUAUCGGAUCGCUAUGGCAGGACGUCCAUGAUUGCUCUAAGUGCACUCGGAACAAUAGUGGCAGAAGCGAUCACUGCUAUCGUGGCUGCAAAUUCAGAGCGAGUGUCCAUAUAUCUACUUCUGCUGGCCGCUACCUUGGACGGGUUAGGAGGUUCAUUUACCGCGAUAUUGGCACUAAGCAGCUCGUACGCUUCCGAUUGCACUAUUUCGGGGAAGCGAAGCGUGGCAUUUGGAUACCUACACGGGGCCAUAUUCACCGGAGUCGCAGCCGGUCCGUUCCUUGUGGCCAUUCUUAUGAAGAAGACACAUAACAUACUAAGUGUCUUCUAUUCCGCCCUGGCUCUUCAUAUACUCUUUUUCUUUGCAGCCUGGCUCCUCAUCCCCGAAUCACUGUCCGAAGAACAAAAACAGAGAGCGCGAGAACAAUAUCACGUGAAAGUCUCCCUCUCCCAUCAAGAGGAUCUGAGCUGGCUAUCUACCAAACGCUGGAAUCCGAAAAAGGCUUUGGCCCCUCUGGCUAUCCUGUUUCCACCAGCUGGACGUCCUAGCACCCUAUUUCCCAAUCGCGGUGGUGCUAGCACUGCUUUACGAAGAAACAUCAUUCUUCUCUCUGUGAUCGAUACUCUUCACCUCGGCAUGGCCCUAGGCACAGCACAGAUCAUUGUUAUCUACGCGGGAUACAUGUUUGGCUGGGGAAACGUUGAAUCUAGCCUAUUCGUUUCCAUUAUCAGUUCCGUUCGAGUCCUCAACUUCUUCAUCGUACUCCCUAUAGUAUGUCGGAUAUUUCGCGAAGAACAAAGGGAGGACCUGGUUAUCUCGGGCUCCAGUGCGCUUGAUGUCGUCCUCAUUCGUGUCUCAAUUUUGCUGGACACGGUUGGAUUUGCAGGAUAUGCACUGGCGAAUAGCGGUUCAUUUUUGAUCCUGUCGGGUGUCGUCACAUCUCUGGGAGGAAUGGCCGCGCCAGUGCUGCAAUCAUCUCUAACCAAGCACGUACCCCGUGAUCGCAUAGGGCAGAUACUCGGUGCCAAGGGCCUCCUACAUGCUAUUUCUAGAGUGGUAGCUCCUUCCAUAUGCAGUUUUAUAUAUAGUGUGACAGUGGGUAAAUUUUCGCAGACUGUAUUUGUGUGCCUAUCAUUUGUCUUUGGGAUCGCGUUCUGCGGUACUUUGUAUAUUAAAGCACAUGUCCAACUCGAUAUUAACGAUUCAAGUUAUCGUAAUGACGACACCAAUGAAUACAGAGAAGCAGUUGAGGAUGAAAACUUGCCUUAAUACACACAGGAUCAUCUAAUACCCUGAACUGUACUUUGGCGAUAUAUAUAUAUAUAUAUAUAUAUAUAUA